UGUUUUCAUUGCUCGCUUUGUUUGUUUGUUCGAAGAAAAUGUAUACAGUUCUAUGGCUGUUCCUUGUUUUGGGCGUCACCCUGCUCUAUUAUUUCAUUAGACGCCAAUAUACACACUGGCAACGGGAAGGAUUAGCUGAGGAGGCUGCCAAGUUCCCGUUCGGCAUGCUGGAUGCGGUGGUGAAACAAGAGCGAAGCUUUGGACUCGUUGUAAGGGAUAUUUAUGAGAGGCACAGCUCCAAAAUUGUGGGCAUAUAUAUGAGCUAUAAGCCGACUUUAUUGGUGCGCGAUGCGGAGCUGGCACGCAAAAUAUUGACCAGUGAGUUCGAUAGCUUCCACGAUCGUGGAAUCUUCAUCGAUGAGGAGCACGAUCAGUUGUCGGCGAAUCUGUUUAACUUGCGUGGUGCUUCCUGGCGAAAUUUGAGGGCCAAACUAACGCCCUCGUUCUCAUCGGGGAAGCUCAAGGGCAUGUUUAAUACCAUCGAUGAUGUGGGCGAUAAGCUGGUCCAGCAUUUGAGCGGCAUAGUGGAGGAGAAACGGGAGGUGGAGAUUGAAAUUAAGGAAAAGCUGACCACAUAUGCGGUGGAUAUCAUUGGUUCGGUUAUCUUUGGACUGGACAUUGAUAGUUUCUCCAAUCCGGAUAAUGAGUUUCGCAGAGUGAGCAGCACACUCUUUCAGCAGGAGGCUUUGGCCCUCAAGAUACACAACAUGGCGUCCUUUGUAUGCCCCCCAAUAGCUAAGGCCAUGAACCGCUUCGGCUUUGAGAAUCGUGUGCUGAAAACUUUGCGCGACAUUAUGCAGCAGACCAUCGAGUUUCGGGAGCAAAACAAUGUGGUUCGCAAGGAUCUAUUGCAGCUACUAAUACGCCUGCGCAAUACUGGAAAGAUUGGUGAUGAUGACGACAAAGUUUGGGACAUGGAGACAGCGAAAGAGGACCUUAAAGCCAUGUCUAUAGAUAAGAUUGCCGCUCAGGGAUUUCUUUUCUAUGCAGCCGGCUCGGAGACAACGGCGUCCACAGCAGCAUUUACACUUUAUGAGCUGUCCAUGUAUCCUGAGCUCCUGCAGGAAGCUAGGAACGAGAUAGACUCCGUACUUGAACGUCACAAUUUAAAGCGCACUGAUAAGCUGACAUACGAGGCGGUGCAGGACCUCAAGUUCUUGGAUUUGUGCAUCAUGGAAACUGUACGCAAGUACCCGGGACUUCCAAUGCUCAAUCGCGAGUGCACAGAAGACUACAAACUGCCGGACUCCGAUUACACCAUCAAGAAGGGCACUCCAAUUUUGAUUUCACUCUUUGGCAUGCAUCACGAUCCCAACUAUUUCCCAAAUCCCAGUGACUAUGAUCCACACAGAUUCGACACGCAGUCGCCGAACUACGAUCAAACCGCCUAUAUGCCUUUUGGUGAGGGUCCUAGGCACUGCAUUGCCCUGCGAAUGGGGAAAGUGAAUGCGAAGGUGGCUGUGACCAAGGUAUUGGCCAACUUCGAUAUCGCCGAGGCGCCGCGCAAAGAAGUGGAGUACAAGUUCGAUGCUUCCCCAGUCAUGGUGCCUAAGAGUGGCCUGAAGGUGCGUCUCACGAAGCGAGUCUGAAAAUCAUUGCUCAUUUAUUGUUAAUAAAUGUAAUAAAGCAAAUAAAAUACAAUUUCCUGCUUUCUAAAUGCA